UCGGAGCUGUAGUCGCUCUCUCUUCACUCGCACAUUUGCCGUCAGUCGUCACAGGAACUCAUUUCAGCGUGUCUUGUUUUUGUUCCAGAAAAGCUGCAGUUUUUCUUUUUUUUUUUUCUCAUCCUGCUGUGGAAUAAAAAAGCGCGAGCAGCGGACGGUUUUGUCACUUCUUUGUGCCGUUUUGUUGUGAUCGAUAUGAGGAGACGCGGAAUAAAGCGUUCAAAGUGGCUGAAGGACUGAAUCGGGUUGCAGCCUCCUGAUCUCACUCCACCACACACCAGCACUCUUGGAAAGCUGCAAUGGCCAAGUGGCUGAAAGACUACCUGAGCUUUGGCAGCAGGAAGGUGCCUCCGCAGCCACCCACACCAGACUACACAGAGAGUGAGAUCCUGAAAGCCUACCGGCUGCAGAGGGAGCUGGACUUUGAGGAUCCCUAUGAGGACUCUGAAAACAGGUCCAGGUGUGAGUCUCAGACUUCUGACCCGGCCACACCUGUAUAUGGGUCGCCCAUGAAGUCAUCUGGCGUGGACAUGAAAUCUCCCAAACACAGACUGAUCAAAGUGGACUCUCAGGAGCUGGGGCGCACCAAGAUCCUCCUCAGUGCCGUGUCUUUGGAGGACCAGCAAGAGCCUGUGGUGCCGUCUGCUCCGUUGGCAGGGGACACAGAUUAUUCGGACCCAUUCGAUGCUCGACUGGACCACAGGACAGAACCAGAUCUCAGACCUGUUCCCUGUGAGAACAACGGCUACAUGGAACCGUAUGAGGCCCAGAGGGUCAUUACAGAGCUGCAGCGUGGUCCAGGAGGAGGGCGGUCGCGGGGAGGUGUGCAGCUCUACGACACCCCCUAUGAAGAUGAACGGGGCCAGCGCCUUGGUCUGUUGUAUGGAGAACCUCAGGAGGAGGGCAAGGAGAGCAGCAGGCUGCCGCAAGAUGAUGAGCGACCGGCUGAUGAGUAUGACCAACCCUGGGAAUGGAAAAAGGAUCACAUCUCCAAAGCUUUUGCAGAAAUGAGGGAGUUGUCGGAGUUGCCCUGGCCUGCCCCAGUGGGUCAGCUGGAGGAGGAGCCCCCUCUCAGAGAGCAAGCACAGUUUGAUGGCGCUGAGUGGGACCGCUCCUCGUCGCCCACAGAACGGCUGCGUCCUCCAGGGCCCCGGUCCAGCCCGCUGGCAGGAGGGGGGAUGAAGUUUCGGAUGCCGCAGGAAGGCCUCGCCAUGGUGGGAGAGAGAGUGGACCCGACUCUGCCUCUGGAGAAGCAGGUGUGGUACCACGGUUCACUGUCGCGUUCGGAGGCCGAGUCGCUGCUAACGCUGUGUAAAGAGUGUAGCUACCUGGUGAGGAACAGUCAGACCAAUCGCUCUGACUACUCCCUAUCUCUACGGAGCUGUCAGGGUUUCAUGCACAUGAAGUUCACCCAGUACAAAGACGGAAAGUACGUGCUGGGACAAAACAGCCCUCCCUUUGACACCAUCCCUGAAGUCAUCCACUUCUACACUACACACAAACUCCCCAUCCGAGGCGCCGAGCAUCUGUCCCUGCUGUUCCCUGUGCUGGUGCAAACACUCUGACGCUCCUCAUGGACCUUGUCAUCGUGACCGGACAUGUAAAACUUGAAUGUUUUAUGGGAUCUUCCCAGCGGACCGCCAAUCGUCUUUUCUUGUUGGACUAGACGACUUUUGAUGAUUCAACACACCAGGGGCGAAUGCCCUCAUCCACCACUGCUGUUGUACCUGUGCCAAGUGUCUCUAACAUCCGGGGGGAUUGAUUCACACGAAAUGCAAUACCUGAACUUUAGGCCACCUCUGCUAUAACUCCUCUCUCUCUCUCAUCUCCUUGUUGAACCGAGGGGGCUGACUCCGGGACAUGUGAAAUUCUCCCUCUCCUUAUUACAUGUCUUUCACAGCUGACUGAAAUGCGGAAAAAGUUUGCAGAGCUGUAGCUGGGAGGAAGUCUGUAUAAUCUGAAUGUACUGAUGCCCCAGUUUACAGGAGAUUUAAUUACUGCUGUUCCACAAAAACACCUCAUUGACACUGGUUAAAAAAAAUAUUGCUGUUGUUAGGUGAAAACCUCACUUGUCGUAUUUUGCUGAUUUUUCGUGUUUAUAAAUCAAAAAGUAACGAGAAAUCUUUUUCAUCCUUGGACUUUGGAGACCCUUUUGUAAACACUGGAAAAUUCCUAUUUUCCAUUAAAAAAUAAAGGAGCUAUUUUCACAGAGAAGGUUUUUACCAACAGCAGUGAUAUUUCAGAUGCUUUUCUACACAAAGCCACACCUGCUCAUUUUCAUUUUCACCGUCGGCUCUUCACUGUCAUGCUGCUGUACGCGGAGGACUUGCUCGACACAUCUCUUUAUGUUACUUGUUGAUUGUUCAUCGUGAUCAACAGAGAAGCUGUGUUGUAUUGGUACUUGUGUUGACCUCGCUGACCUGUAUCUCUUGUUUGUUGCUUACAUUGCAUUUGGUAGACAAUGCUGGGUUUGUAAAAAAAAAGAAAAAAAGAAAAAAAGAAGCAACCUGUCACUGCUGUUAUUGUCUUUUCACUGACUUACAGAUCCAGUGUGUAGGAUUUAGUUGAAUCUAGCAGUGAGGCUGCAGAACUGAAUUUUCUGUGUGCCAAGUCUGUAAGAGAGCUACGUUGACCGACAGAAAAAUGCGUGCUCCAUAUAUAGAUAUAAACGGCCCAUUCUUGAAAACAAAAUUAUUCUUAGUUUCAGGUUAUUAUAUACUAAAAGGACAUAGUUAUACAUGUAUGUUGGAACCUAUUUUCGCUGAGGGCUGCUUUUAGGGAGACAUCGGUAGCAUUGUCAGC